UUAUGAAUCUUUUCACAUUGUUAUAAGCAAAACCCUCUAAAACCUUUUUCCCUCUUCUUUCCCAAGACUAGGCUUGUCAACAUCCCCAAAGUUCUCUUUGUCGAUUUCACAGAGCCCUUUCUCGUCUUCAACUUCCAAGCAAAAUAUGGCUAAAGGCAAAGGAAAAAGGAAAGGGAAAGGGAAUUCCAAGAAAACAAAGACCAGACCUUUAAACCCAACAUCCAACUGCAUUUUCCCAAGAGAAAUCAUCUCUAACAUCCUUUCUCGUCUCCCUGUAAAGACCCUUUUACAAUUCAGGUCCGUUUGCAAACCAUGGCGAAACCUCAUUUCCAAACCCAACUUCAUAGACACCCAUUUCUACCAUUCCUCUUCUUUGCAGCACAUUGGUUCACCCAUUCUCAUACAUACCCAACAUGUCAAGUCCUCUGAUCAUGUACUUUCACUAUACAACCCGCUUGAAUCAUCAGUUGUGGAGCUAGAUAACCCCUUUCCUUUUUUCUUUCAAGAAAUGGCUGUUGUGGGUUCAUGCAAUGGCAUUGUUUGCCUUUGUAAGCCACCUUGGGGUGAUGUGAUCACUCUUUGGAAUCCAGCUAUGAGGCAGUCUAGGAAUGUUCAGCUUUCCAAGAAGAAACCCCUCAUGGGAAUCUACUCUGGUGUAUCCAUAGGGUUGGCUUACGAUUCGCAAGAGAAUGAUUUCUUGAUUUUGAGUCUUUUGGGUUACAGAAAAGUAAUUAAGGUUCCUGAUGAGGUGGAAAUGUGUUCUACAAAGAGUUUUAGUUGGAAGAAGCUGAAAAAUGAGGUGGGGUUUCGAGCUCUUGGGUUUAAUUGCAAUGUGAUCAUUAAAGGGGUACCUUAUUGGAGUGCUAUGGUAGAGGAUGAGUAUGGUUUACGUGAGGUGUUGGUGUAUUUUGAUGUUGGUAGGAAAGUAUUUGAGAAGUUACCUAUGCCGGGAAUAACAAUGGAGACUAAGGCACAUCUUGUGGAUUUGGAGGAUUCUCUUGGUAUGUUAAUAUGGGCGAAAACAGACAAAUAUAAUGUUGAUGUUUGGGUAAUGGAUGAUGAAAAUGGUUGGAGUAAGAAAUGCAAUGUCGGACUGGUGGUCGGGUUUGACAGAAUUAUUGGUUGUUUGAGGAAUGGUGACAUUGUAGCUGAGAAUGAAAAUGGUGUGUUGUUACUCUUUGAUCCAGUGACUGGUUUUGUUAAGACAAAAUUGUGCAUCGAUAAUGCUAAGAGUGGUUCAUCCGUGAUUUUCAACUAUUUAGAGAGCCUAGUUAUGAUCAGAGGAAUGAUGCCAGUUAAGAAGCAAACUGCUAGAGAUAAAUUAGCACGUGAAAACCUCCUAAAGGUUGGCAUAAAUUUGAAGGUCAUUUCCACUGACGACUCUCGGCAGCUUGACUUGGCUGUCUAGAAUUGCAUGAAAGACAUUUUGGCUGCCCCUUUUUGCUAACAUCUGAGAUGACAUGGAAAACUUUUUGAUAUCUUUUUAGUCAGGAAAUAGCAAUGUAUGUAGUUCCUGGUUCCUCUGAUGUUUAUAUUAAAGAGGAGUAUAAUGCAGAUAUCUGAAUACUUUGUUGAUCGGAUUGUCAACUAAUAUCUAUUGUACAUUGCACUGAUCAUCUAGUACCUUUUUGUUAAUCAACUACUUUUUCCUAAUCAACUAGUACUUGAUUAAACAA